CCAUUCUUCAUCAUCAUCAUCUUCAACCUUCUCUCUAUCCAAAAAAAAUCCUCUUUCACUAAAAGUAAACUGUUUCAUCUAAAUCUUUGACACUUUUCGACACACAAAAAGAAGAAAAAAAAAAAACAGAGACUUCAUUAAUAAUCUUUGACACUUUCGUGAUGGAACUCAUCCCUAAUCUUCCCGACGACGUAGCCAGAGAGUGUCUCCUACGCGCUUCCUACAAGCAGUUCCCUACCAUAGCUUCCGUUUGCAGAGGCUGGAACCGUGAAAUCUCUCUCUCUGACUUCUUACAGCAGCGGAAAGCUUCAGGCCAUAGCCAAGAGCUUCUUAUUCUUUCACAGGCUGAGGCUCGUCGUCACGACAAAGACUCCGCUGGAUCCUCCUUAAAGAUUCACGCUUCCCCUGAAUACCGGAUCGUCGUUCUCGAAUCCGGGUCGGGUCUUUGGACGGAGCUUCCUCCGCUCCCUUGGGGUCAACGUCAAUCCAACGGACUUCCUCUGUUCUGCAGUUUGGUUUCUGUCGGAUCGGAUCUUAUUGUCUUGGGUGGGCUUGACCCGGUCACGUGGCAGGCUUCUGAUUCGGUCUACGUCUUCAGUUUCCUCACCUCCAAAUGGCGCGUGGGGGCGACCAUGCCAGGUGUAAGACGAUCCUUCUUCGGAUGCGCUUCCGAUUCUCAUCGGACGGUGUUGGUCGCGGGUGGACACGACGAAGAGAAAUCUGCGCUGACGUCAGCACUUUUGUACGACGUGGCAGAAGAUAAGUGGACGUUAUUGCCGGAUAUGGCGCGGGAACGAGACGAGUGCAAAGCUAUUUUCCACGCUGGCAGAUUCCACGUCAUCGGCGGAUAUGCCACUGAGGAACAAGGGCAGUUCGGUAAUACAUCUGAAUCGUUCGAUGUGUCUACGUGGCAGUGGGGUCUACUUACGGAGGAUGGUUUCCUCGAAGACGCCGUUAGCCCGCCGAUCUGCGCCGCCGGAGAAAACGGAGAUUUGUACGCGUGCUGGCGCGGCGACGUGAUGGUGUUUACGAACGACACGUGGAAGAAAGUGGGUCAGAUUCCUGCUGAUGUGCACAAUGUAACUUACGUGGCGGUGAGGCCGGGGAAGCUGGUUGUGAUCGGCAGCGGCAAGGCUGGAUACGGUGAAGCCACCGUAGGGUAUAUCUGUGAUUUAAGUAGCUCUCGGUGGGUACAGUUGGAAACACAUGUUGGUCACGUUCAAGCUGGCUGCUUCUUGCAAGUCUAAUGAAAACCUAAAAAAAAUCUUCCAGUCUCUUGGAGUUUGGACCUAAACUAAAUCCCAACAAAUCCAUUCUAUUUUCUCGUGUGUUAAUGUAUAAAUCUUUUCGUGAUAAUGAAGAAAGAAGAAGUUUAGUUGUGAUAUUAUUAUAUUAGUGUUAAUAAUUAAAUAUGGUAUUUAUUCGUUCA